ACCUCACAGGAACACGAAAAACACGUCCAGCAUGGCACCAGGCGGGGCGGACAGCGUUUCAGCAAUUUGAGGAGGGCACGGUGAUCCAGUGCCUGCUUCGCACAUGACUGAGGGGAGAUGGACCACCUCCUACUGUAGCUGGCUCUGACAGGUGUCCGUGUGUGUGCAGGGCUGCAGGGUGUGCUGGUGUGAUGGCGUACGCUGGGCCGGAGCUGCAGUGGAAGUGGACAGCGCUGCAUGACUCUGUGUCGCUGCACGCUGUGGAGAGGAGGAUCCGUGCCGCCGCCGCCGCUGCUGCUGCUGGGAGCAGACAGUGGAGGCUGCACAGCCGGCCCCGUCCACAGUACUCUCCGCUGGACGAGCGCAGGCUGCACCACGCUGCGUGGGACGGCUGUCUGGAGCAGGUGAAGGACCUGCUGGAGCACGGUGUCCCUGCUAACUGCCAAGACCCUCACGGCUGGACAGCCGCCCACCACGCUGCUUUCCGCGGACACCUGAUGCUGCUCAGAUUCCUGCUGCAGAGCGGUCAGGUGGAGGUGAACUGUCGGGACUUCUUCAGCUGCACUCCCCUGCACCGCUCCUGCAUGGGGGGCAAUACAGACACCACAGAGUACCUCCUCCAGAAGGGGGCAUCUCAUGAGGUGCGCUCCGGCUCUGGACAGACUCCCCUGCACCUGGCAGCAGCUGGUGGCCACCUGGGCUCGGCACGGGCACUGCUGCAGCACCUGGCCACUCCUGACCUGCAGGACUUCCACAGGUGGACGCCACUGCACUGGGCGGUGUGCGGAGGCUGGGGGGACAUGGCGGAGCUCCUGCUGGAUAACGGGGCAGAUGUGGAAGGGGCGAGCGGCGGGGGCAUCACUCCACUGCAGCUGGCCGUGAUGGUGGGCAAUGAGGCGGGCGUAAGACUCCUGCUCCAUCGGGGGGCCGACGCAAAUCUCAGAGGCUCCAGCGGGCGGACGGCACUGCACCUGUGUGCCUGCUCCUCUGAGAAAAAGAUCCUACAGCACCUGCUGGCAGCCGGGGCUAAAGUAUGCGUGCGGGACGGGGAGCAGGCCACGCCGCUGCAUCUGGCCGCCCUCGCCGGCUCCAGGGCGGUGGUCCACCUGCUGAUCCUGAACGGGGCCGGGCUGGAGGACAGGGAUAUCCUGGAGAUGACCCCGUUGCACUACUCCACCCUGAAGGACAACGCUGAAGCUGCUAAGCUCCUGCUGCAUUACGGAGCCGAGGUGGACGCUGCUGAAAGGCUGGGGCGGACAGCGCUGCACCUGGCCGCAGAGAGAGGCCACUGCAAGGUCCUCAGCGUGCUGCUGGAGAGAGGUGCAGACCCCUCGCUUCGGACAAAGUGGAGAGAGGCCGCAGAAGACGUGGCAAGAGUACACGGGCAGUCUGGAUCCCUUCUCCUGCUCCAGCAACACAGCAAAUCUGCAGUGAAAGCACAAACUCCAGGCCAUGAUGGCACAUAGCAGAGUCUGGUAUACAGAAAAAGACAG